AUGGAGUAUUUGACUGCUCCUCCUGGGCAGAAAUGGAAAGGGGAGAUUAACUACCUCUACAGUAUCGCCAACGCCAACUGUGCCGUUCCCCCUGGCCCCCGCGUGUGCGCUCGUGUGUCCUGCUCCAACGGUGCCGGUAUCUGGCUUUGCAACGACAAGACAGUGCAAGUCAACCGUCGGUGCGGCAACAUCCCCGACUAUGUCUACAGCAUCUUUUCCCAAUGCAAGGAAUAUGUCUGGGCCGGCCAGUGCCCCAUUCGUGGAUGCUCCUACCCCGAACCGGGUUGGUGGUACUUCAGAGGCCAGCAGUUUGAUACUGAGAACUUCAAUGUCAUAGUUGGAAAGGCCAGCUGCUAG